CUGCAAAUCGUACUAGAUGCACAUCUGGAGGAACAGUUUGAUGGAACAGGAGAACCGAUAUUUUCGGAUGACUUCGAAAAUGGUUUCCGCUACUUUGUGCACGCACCCGAAACGAUACCGUACCUUGUAUCUGAAGGAAUCAGUGUGUCACCAAGCACGAGAGUGUAUUCAGCAAUCUCGACGAAUACGUAUGUGCUCCUGCCGGCUGAACGUUGGGGUAAUUGCACAUCAAAAUGGCCCAAAGCAUUCCAUUCAAAGUUGCCAUACUCAUCUGUGAAUUGUGAUUCCAUAUGCAAAGCGAUGUUUUUCAAGCAAAAAUGCGGCUGCAGCCCAUUCACUUACGAUAUUGAGCACUGUAGGUUGAAUUCACGUAUUUUAUGUGAGUGGAGAAUUUUGUUUGUUUGCAAUGUUGAUUACUACGACAUCCCUCGAUGCAAAGAGUGUCAAAUCGAAUGCGAUAGUAUUGUUUACCAUGCUUACAAUUCCUACGGACAUGGAUUCAGUAAUGGCGCAUUGACCUGGCUCAAUAAGAAGAACAAAUCAUGGAGCAUACCACAUAUGAAAACGAAUUUCUUGACAGUGAAUGUAUUCUUUCGCGACAUGUCUUACAUGGAAUAUGUGCAAGUGCAAGGCACCACUCUUACCGAAACUCUUAGUGAUAUCGGUGGAAAUAUGGGAUUGUUCCUAGGAAUGAGCGUAAUUACUGUAGUUGAGAUAUUGAUGUAUUUCUCGAAGAUUGGAUGGAUUACAUUUUCAAGCAAAAGGAGACUUUAUAUGUAUCGGAAAAAGGAACAUGAAAAGGUGAUUUUCCCAUUCAAGGAUUUUUUUCGUGAGGCUGCAUUCACAAUCUGCCUACGCCGGCGGUUCCAAUGCCGUGCCAGCACCUUGAACUCAAGUGGACGCACUGCACAUUGUCCCAUCGAUCUCGCCAGCAUAGUUCUGGCACGGCCCUGGAACGGCGCUGGCACAGGAACUCUGGACGUAGCGCUGGUAACUGUUCAUUGUUUAGGAGCAUGA